AUGCUGGGCAAUGGGGGAUCCGGGGGCGGCGGCCCCGGCGGCCGUGGGCCCAAGAAGAGGAAGUUCGUCCCAAAGCUGCGGCAGAGGCAGAAGAAGGUCGACGACGCGGCCGCGGCCAAGGCACCCCAGGCACCCCGAAUGGCGUCUGAGACGUUUUCAGAACUGAGGCAGCAGGCGGAGGCGGAGGCCAAGUGGGAGAGGCCGGGUCGCCGCCCCCACUUCGGAACCGAUCAGAGGAGGAACCAGUCGGUUGCUUUCGGGGCCCUGCUCAGCGGCUCUGCUCCUGCUGGGAAGGCCGGCAUUCGCGGGCAUCUCACCAAGCCCGUGGUCGUGGUGCCGGAGGGUGGGGUUGCGGAAAAGGAGGGCGACAAGGAGGAGCUGAACACUGGGCCUAUUGGCCCCGUGGAUGAGCUGCCCCAAAAUUGCUAUUAUCCCACGACCCUGCCUCUGAGGCCAGAAGGGGAGGAAGGGGAGCGGGAUGGCGAAGCCGGGAACGCGCUGCUGGAGUCUGCCCUGCCUUGCGCGUCGGGUUCAUCCAGCCAGGACCUGCAGGACAGGAGAGCUGGGAGGGAGCUGGGACUGAUGCGACCGGGCAUGGACGAAGAGAGGCUGCUGCUGAUGCAGCUGCCAUCCGUGUUUCCUGCCCAAGCGACAGAGGUCAAAGUCGAAGGUGCUCUGGGAGGUGCAGGGAGACAGGGACGGGGACGGGGUGAGGGGGAUCAGGGCGUGAAGGUGCCAUCCAUGUUGGCAACCAAGGUGGAAGAACUGCCUGCUGGCAGGAUCGGGAAGCUCUUGGUGUUCCGCAGUGGCAGAGUGAAGAUGGUGGUGGGCGAUGUCCUCAUGGAUGUGACCUGUGGGACGCCGUGGUCAUAUCGUCAAGAAGUGGUGGCUGUGAAUGUUGAGGAUGAGGUCGGGCACUGUGUCUUCCUGGGUGACAUUGCAAGCAGAGCCAUCUGCAAUCCAAACGUAGCCCAGCUUCUGAGUCCAGACCCCAUGUCCAAUUUCAAGGUUGGGAAGAAAGUCCAGUGGAAGGAUGGUAUAGUCUUGGGUGAGGAAGGCAAUGAGGCCCAGGACGAAGACCAUGGUGGCCAACAAGUGUUGGUGGCCAAGGGUGAAACCAAGGAGAUGGACCUCGAUCUGGGAAAGGAGUCUGGAGAUGCCGCAGCGGACUGCACUGCAGCCCCUGGCAACACCAAGGACAUCGGUGAUGGCACAGAUGUGGGUGUGGGUGUUGUUGAUGUUGACGGGAAGAUGGAUGUGGAUUGCAUUGACAGCAAGGAGGAUGUCGACGAUGAGCUUGAUGCAAUGGUUAAGCAGUGCCGGUUUGAAACCAAGGUUUCAGGAAAGCAGGCAUGA